AUGUCUUCUACGACCAUACAGACAGAAACCCAGAUCAGGACACUCAGUGUGGACCGCACCUGGGCCGACCCUGAUGCUCUACGAGGCCGCUUCGCCGCGGCCAUGUCCGCCAUGUAUCGCGAAGAGGUGCCUCUAUAUGGGGACCUGAUGAGCCUCGUAACAGACGUCAACAGCGACACCCUCGAUCGAGGGACCGGCCAAACCAACACAAGAUCGAGCCCAGAGUCCCUGGCGGCCGAGCGUCAUGGUGCGAUUCGUCUGGGUACUCCAUUUGAACUGCAGACUGUCCGAAGGAUAUUCUCCGUGCUGGGCAUGUAUCCUGUCGGAUACUAUGAUCUUUCCGUCGCCGGCCUGCCCAUGCAUGCAACAUGCUUCCGACCAACGCAGGUCCAGAGCCUAGACGUCAAUCCCUUUCGCGUCUUCACGACACUCCUCCGUCCCGACCUCAUCCAGCGCGAUGAGGCAAGGACUCUGGCGUGGAAAAUGCUCCAGAAUCGAAAGAUCUUUACCGACGCCCUGCUCGCAUUGCUAGAUGUUGCCGAUGCACAGCAGGGACGACUCGAUGAGGACCAGGCAGCCUUCUUUAUUUCACAAGCUCUGCAGACCUUCAGCUGGCAGCGUAUGGAUGUCAAGUCACGUAUCGAAGGGCCGCCUGCCCGGAAAUGCCCCAUACUCCUGCGGCAGACGAGUUUUCUGGCUCUCGAAGAAAGCGUGCAAUUCCUCAAGGACGGGAACGCCAGGGACUCGCCCUCGCCCGACGAGAGGGAGCUCUUCCAGGCCACGCACAAGGCUCGUUUUGGCGAGAUUGAGGAGCGUGGCGCGGCGGUGACGGCCAAGGGACGGCAGCUGUACGACGAGUUGUUGACUGAGAGCAUGAGCAGGACAGCUGGACUUUCUGUGCAGGCAGCGGAGGCGGUGUCACGAGAGAUAUUCAGAAGAUUCCCGGACGACUGGUCAGAGUUGAGGCAGCAGGGGCUCAUCUACGGCGAGUUCAGUCUAGCCAGGAUGCCCGCAGAGACCCCAGUGUCAAAAAGGGAUGAGAAGACGUCACUGCUGGAGCAGCUCAUGGAUGAAGGUAUCGUGACGUUCAGACCCGUCACGUACGAGGACUUUCUGCCCUUCUCGGCGGCCGGUAUCUUUCAGUCAAAUCUGCAGGCGCAAAGAGGGCUGGAUCUCAAGCCACCCAUAUCGGACUUUGACGGGCUGGUGGAAGCAUUGGGGGUGAAACCUAUGGAUAUGGAGGACUGGUAUGCGCAGGCGCAGAGACAGAGUCUAGAGGUUGUUGGGCGAGAGCUGGGAUUUGGCGAGCAGGAGUGGUGGUCGUAA